AGAGCCAAGACACCAUCUCCCACCGAGAGUUAUGGCCUCAUUAGCCCGGUACCUCCUCGUCCUGGUCUCCAUCUUCCUCAGCCUGGUGGCCUCCCUGGAUUGGAAGACUUCCCACAGCCAGGAUCCCUUUGAAAAAUGUAUGCAUGAUCCUGACUACGAGGUGCUGCUCAAGGUUGUGACCUUGGGGCUCAAUCGGACCUCGAAGCCUCAGAGGGUGAUUGUGGUUGGUGCUGGUGCAGCUGGGCUGGUAGCUGCCAAGGUGCUCAGUGAUGCGGGACACAAGGUCACCAUCCUGGAGGCAGACAACAGGAUCGGGGGCCGCAUCUUCACCUACCGGGACCGGAAGACGGGCUGGAUUGGGGAGCUGGGAGCCAUGCGCAUGCCCAGCUCGCAUAGGAUCCUCCACGAGCUCUGCAAGAGCCUGGGGCUCAACCUGACCAAAUUCACUCAGUACGAUGAGAACACGUGGAUAGAAGUGAACAACCUGAAGCUGCGGAACUACGUGGUGGAGAAGAUGCCUGAGAAGCUGGGCUACAAACUGCGCCCCAGGGAGAAGGGCCACUCGCCCGAAGAAAUCUACCAGAUGGCUCUCAACCGGUCUGCCGUCGCUGGCUCUUCCAUCUGUGGUUUCCCAUAA